AUGGGGUCUCUGUUCCCUCUGUCGCUGCUGUUUUUUUUGGCGGCCGCCUACCCGGGAGUUGGGAGCGCGCUGGGACGCCGGACUAAGCGGGCGCAAGGCCCCAAGGGUAGCCCUCUCGCGCCCUCCGGAACCUCAGUGCCCUUCUGGGUGCGCAUGAGCCCGGAGUUCGUGGCUGUGCAGCCGGGGAAGUCAGUGCAGCUCAAUUGCAGCAACAGCUGUCCCCAGCCGCAGAAUUCCAGCCUCCGCACCCCGCUGCGGCAGGGCAAGACGCUCACAGGGCCGGGUUGGGUGUCUUACCAGCUGCUCGACGUGAGGGCCUGGAGCUCCCUCGCGCACUGCCUCGUGACCUGCGCAGGAAAAACACGCUGGGCCACCUCCAGGAUCACCGCCUACAAACCGCCCCACAGCGUGAUUUUGGAGCCUCCGGUCUUAAAGGGCAGGAAAUACACUUUGCGCUGCCACGUGACGCAGGUGUUCCCGGUGGGCUACUUGGUGGUGACCCUGAGGCAUGGAAGCCGGGUCAUCUAUUCCGAAAGCCUGGAGCGCUUCACCGGCCUGGAUCUGGCCAACGUGACCUUGACCUACGAGUUUGCUGCUGGACCCCGCGACUUCUGGCAGCCCGUGAUCUGCCACGCGCGCCUCAAUCUCGACGGCCUGGUGGUCCGCAACAGCUCGGCACCCAUUACACUGAUGCUCGCUUGGAGCUCCGCGCCCACAGCUUUGGCCUCCGUUUCCAUCGCUGCCCUUGUAGGGAUCCUCCUCACUGUGGGCGCUGCGUACGUAUGCAAGUGCCUAGCUAUGAAGUCCCAGGCGUAAAGGGGGA